AUGGCCGCUAAUGAAUCAUCCAGACGUUUAGUAUAUUACCGUGUCCUGAACGUCAAUCAUGCGGGAAUUUCGGAAGUUCUGCCGGGUUUGUAUAUCAGCGGUGUUUGCGCCCUGAAAGCAUCAACAAUUCAGGAAUACAACAUUACGAUGAUCGUCAAUGCUACCAGUGAGGUGCCAAAUUCAGCUUCAUUAGGUACAUUGCCAAGAAUCAAACUUUGGUUGGAAGAUACUCAAGAAUCAUGGGCUCUGUCAUAUCUGGAUUUUGUAUGUGAUAAGAUGCUAAAAGUGAUAGCCAGAGGUGGUAAAGUUCUCAUUCAUUCGGUACAAGGCGUAUCACGUUGCGCAACAAUUUGCCUUGCUUUUCUUACCAAAUAUAAAUUUAAAACAUUGCGUGAUGCUUACAUGCAUUUGGCUUCCGUACGACCAAAAGUGGAACCAAAUAUUGGUUUUUGGCGACAGCUCAUCUCAUUUGAACAGGAUGUUAAGCAACGUAUGAGUUCGGUAAAAAUUGUACGAGAUCAAAAUAAUCCAGCCAUUUUGGUGCCGGAUGUUUAUCGGAAAUAUCUUUUACGUUGUAAAAGGAAUCUACAACUUCAGCAAGCUAAUAUGUUAAGCAUUACGGAAGGGUCAAAAUUUAAUGAAACAUUACAACAGCAGUCUUUACUUAAUGGAAACAAUAAUGAAUUCACCAAUGAACAAGACAGUAAUACUUAUCGAUCAGCGACAAUUACCACCGGAAGCGCUAAAUGCAUCACUGAUACGGUUGCUGAAGAAGCGAGCGGAAGCUCAACCGGAUUAUGUACUUCGCUAAUAUCCAAUCGAAAAUCGCGUAUUUCUCGAAGGAAGUCUUCAGUAACAAAGAAAUUUCAACCAGUUCUAGAGCCACUUAUUGAAUUUGUUUAA